GGGGAAGGGGGCAGGGUCCUCACAAGCCUUUUACACGUGAUAAAGAAAACAACCAAAAGCACUUGCAUGCGUGUAUAAAGAUUCAUUUAUCAUCAUCACCUCUCUCUUUCUCUCUCUAUCUCUGGUAUCCGAAUCCUCCACCAAAACCCAUCUUUUAUAUGUAGUAAGCUUUUGGUUCCCCUUUUUAAUCUCUGCUCACGUUCUUUGCCACCCAUCCUUUUAAAGCCUCCCUUCUUCUUCUUUGUUAUGAUUUGAUUCAAGUGCAGAGCGAUUGUUUUAGUAUUCCAUCACUCCCAUAGUCUCUGAGUGUGGUGUGUUGGUUAGUUGGUGAGUCUUCAAUCUUUUGGCUUCUUUUGACUUGGUUAUAUUUAAUGGGGGCUGCACUUCCUCGUCGGAAUUAGUUUUGGCUGAAAUAGUCUCAAGUCUGUGAGAGAAAUAGGAAAGAAUAAAAAGAAGGCAGUGCGUUUGCGUGCCAUUUGGUGAAGCUCCUCUCUUUUCGACGAGUAAUUGUGCUUUUGCGUAUCAGUUUCAGUCCGCAAAAUUAGCGAAUCCAACAUGCCUGUAAGGCAGAUGAAAGAGAGCUCAGAGCAACACCUUGUGAUCAAAACCCACUUGCAGAACUCCAUGAACCAAAUGCAGAAGGCACCCACCAACAAAACUGCCCAAAAUGGUAAAGGUCCACCACCCCAAGAGCCCCAUAACACAAAACCUCACAACCAAACUUCACCACCAUCAAAAAACAAAGGAAGAAGAAGGGGUAGAGGUGGCCGAAAGUUUGAUCAAGGCGAUGUUUGUAUGCGUCCGAGUUCCCGGCACUGCACCGUGGCGAAUACGCCCGUCUCUGCGAAUACGGCCGGAGCCCUUUUAGCGAGUACUCUAGAUGGAUCGGUUGAAAACGGUGGCAACUUGUGUGGAAUGGAUAUGAGUUUUCCUACUACGAGCAAGGCUUCGAGUUUUGCCCGGAGGCCUGGUUUUGGGCAAGUUGGGACAAAGUGUAUUGUAAAGGCCAACCAUUUCUUUGCGGAGUUACCGGAGAAGGACCUGAACCAGUAUGAUGUGACCAUAACUCCUGAAGUGUCAUCAAGAACCGUGAACAGAGCCAUCAUGGAAGAACUGGUAAGAUUGUACAGAGAAUCUGAUUUAGGAACGAGACUACCUGCUUAUGAUGGCAGAAAGAGUUUGUACACAGCUGGGGAGCUGCCCUUUGCUUGGAAAGAGUUCAAAAUUAAGCUAGUAGAUGAGGAAGAUGGAAUCAAUGGUCCCAAACGGGAAAGAGAAUAUAAAGUGGUGAUUAAGUUUGUCGCGAGGGCAAACAUGCAUCAUUUGGGUCAGUUUCUAGCUGGCAAGCGUGCAGAUGCUCCACAGGAAGCUCUUCAAAUUCUUGACAUUGUAUUAAGGGAGCUUUCAACAAAGAGGUAUUGCCCAAUAGGGAGAUCCUUCUUUUCUCCAGAUAUUAGAAUGCCACAACGGCUCGGUGAUGGCUUGGAAUCAUGGUGUGGUUUUUACCAGAGUAUAAGGCCUACCCAGAUGGGCCUGUCCUUAAACAUUGAUAUGGCUUCAGCUGCAUUUAUUGAGCCUCUCCCAGUAAUAGACUUUGUUGCCCAGCUUCUUGGCAAAGAUGUUUUGUCAAGACCAUUGUCUGAUUCUGACCGUGUAAAGAUCAAGAGAGCCCUAAGAGGAGUGAAAGUUGAAGUAACACACAGAGGCAAUGUACGGAGGAAGUAUCGUGUUUCUGGAUUGACGUCUCAACCUACAAGAGAACUAGUGUUUCCUGUUGAUGACAACUCAACCAUGAAGUCAGUUGUUGAAUACUUCCAAGAGAUGUAUGGCUUUACCAUUCAACACACACACCUUCCUUGUCUUCAAGUAGGAAACCAAAAGAAGGCCAACUAUUUGCCUAUGGAGGCCUGCAAAAUUGUUGAGGGGCAACGAUACACAAAAAGGCUCAAUGAGAGGCAAAUUACUGCUCUCCUAAAAGUUACUUGCCAAAGACCUAGAGAUCGAGAAUAUGAUAUUUUGCAGACAGUUCAACAAAAUGCCUAUGAUCAAGACCCUUAUGCAAAGGAGUUUGGCAUCAAAAUCAGUGAAAAGCUAGCUUCUGUUGAGGCACGAAUUCUUCCUGCUCCUUGGCUGAAGUAUCAUGAAGCUGGAAAGGAAAAAGACUGUUUGCCACAAGUUGGUCAGUGGAACAUGAUGAACAAGAAAAUGAUCAAUGGGAUGACUGUAAGCCGGUGGGCAUGUAUAAAUUUCUCACGGAGUGUGCAGGAGAGUGUUGCUCGUGGGUUUUGUAAUGAACUUGCCCAAAUGUGUCAAGUGUCUGGCAUGGAAUUUAAUCCGGAGCCCGUCAUUUCAAUCUACAAUGCGAGGCCUGAACAAGUGGAGAAAGCCUUGAAGCAUGUCUAUCAUGCAGCCAUGAACAAGACGAAAGGAAAAGAACUAGAGCUGCUGUUAGCUAUUUUGCCAGACAACAAUGGGUCUUUAUAUGGCGAUCUCAAACGAAUAUGUGAAACUGAUCUUGGUUUGAUAUCGCAAUGCUGUCUCACAAAGCAUGUUUUCAAGAUCAGCAAGCAGUACUUGGCAAAUGUGUCUCUGAAGAUCAAUGUUAAGAUGGGUGGUAGAAACACUGUUCUUCUAGAUGCUAUCAGCUGCCGAAUUCCAUUAGUGAGUGACAUACCAACAAUAAUAUUCGGAGCUGAUGUGACGCACCCAGAGAAUGGAGAAGACUCCAGUCCCUCAAUAGCUGCUGUAGUAGCUUCCCAGGACUGGCCUGAAGUGACAAAAUAUGCUGGAUUAGUUUGUGCUCAAGCUCACAGGCAGGAACUCAUACAGGACUUGUACAAAACGUGGCAUGAUCCUGUUCGUGGUGCAGUUAAUGGUGGAAUGAUCCGGGAUCUCCUUGUUUCUUUUAGGAAGGCAACUGGGCAGAAGCCGCUAAGGAUUAUAUUUUACAGGGAUGGGGUAAGUGAAGGGCAGUUUUAUCAAGUUCUGCUUUAUGAGUUAGAUGCGAUCCGGAAGGCCUGUGCUUCACUUGAACCGAACUAUCAACCACCAGUGACUUUCAUCGUGGUGCAAAAACGACAUCACACUCGAUUGUUUGCUAACAACCAUAGGGACAGAAGCAGCACAGACAAGAGUGGGAACGUUUUGCCUGGCACUGUGGUUGAUUCCAAAAUUUGUCAUCCAACAGAAUUUGAUUUUUAUCUCUGCAGCCAUGCUGGUAUUCAGGGGACAAGUCGGCCAGCUCACUACCAUAUUCUAUGGGAUGAGAACAAUUUUACCGCAGAUGGAAUCCAGACAUUGACAAACAAUCUCUGUUAUACAUAUGCAAGAUGCACACGCUCUGUCUCUGUUGUUCCUCCGGCUUAUUAUGCACAUUUAGCUGCUUUUCGUGCCCGAUUCUACAUGGAGCCAGAGAUGCAGGAGAAUGGCUCAACAGGUGGUGGUACCUGUCAUGGUACCAAGAGUACACGAGCAGCUGGAGAGUCUGGUGUCCGGCCAUUGCCGGCCUUAAAGGAGAAUGUGAAAAGAGUAAUGUUUUACUGUUAAGAGACCACAGAGAGGGUUAUAACAUAAACACCAAAUCGGUCGCGAAUCACCAUUUCCUUCACCGCUACAUAUUCUUUGUACAUGUAUGAUGAUCCAGGCGUGUGGUUUCAAGUUCUUCCGGGAUUCAGAUAAGUAAUUUUACCAGUAGAGCUUUAGUUUAUGGUUCAUACUUGGUACUAACUAGCAAAGAACAUGGAAAGCACACCCAUCAUAGAUAGCAGGUUUUGAUUAAGCUAGAAAUUGUCCACCGAUGAUGUGAAGAAAGUUAAACUAGGUCUUGUACAAAUUUUUAAGUAUCAAUCUAUAUGUAGCAAAAAUUUCCCCA